ACUCGUACGUACAGAAGCUAUUCGUGUGUUCUGGACCAGGCUUUAACCUCUAUGUUUGGAGUUACCUUUUGCAGAAAAACAUGUGGAAUGCAAAAAUUCUUCUAAGCCUGAUUCUUUGUGUUAUUUUAAUAACCAAGAAAACAGAAGCAAAUGCAGCGGCCUGCGAACAGAAAGAAAAGAAUAUCGCAGCUUUAGAUUUCGCCAAAGAGGCGAUCUCUAAAGCGAAAGACCUUCAACCAACUUGUGUUAAUGAUGACAAAAACAUUACUUCAAAAGGCAGUGAAUGCGGUGUUAAGGAAAGAGUUGCGGGAUAUUUGGAUAUUGCGACGACUUUGAUAGAAGAGGCCAAAAAGAACUACUCUGCUUGUGAGGAAGCCAGAAAUAUAACAAAAAUCUUGCAUAUUCUCAAGAAUCCCGUCGAUUGCUCAGAAAUCCUGGAAAGGGGAGACACAGAAAGUGGCGUGUACAACAUCUGGCCCAAGAGUCGCAUCUUCAAAGGCAGGCCAAUUAGCGUGUUUUGUGAUAUGGACACCGACGGAGGAGGUUGGACGGUGAUCCAAAGAAGAGGAAAUUUCUCACAGAAAGUUGACUUUUAUCAAAGCUGGAUUUUUUACAAACACGGAUUUGGAAAUAUAAUGGAAGAAUUUUGGAUGGGUAAUAUGUACAUAUUUGCUUUGACCAACCAGGAUAACUAUCUAGCACGUUUUGAUAUGAAGACGGUUAACAAUAGUUACUAUUACGCCACAUAUUCUUCAUUCUGGAUUGAGGACGAAUCUACUGAUUAUACUUUACAUUUUAAUAUUUAUAAUGGCACAGCUGGAGAUGGAAUCAGUAUUUCGAAUGGAGCAAAAUUUUCUGCAAAAGAUAAAAUAAACCACAAACCAGAUAGCCACUGCACAUCUAAGAAACAGGGUGGUUGGUGGUACACUGAUUGCGGUAUGAGUAACCCGAAUGGUGUGAAUCACCCAGGUGGUAAAAACGACUGGAAAUACAUGAAUUGGGAGCCUUUGACAGGAUAUGAUUCCUUGUUGGCGAUAGAAAUUAAGAUUAGAAAGAUGUAAAGGACAUACUUUCUUUUUAAAAAUCAAUUCUUUUGUUGAAUGCGCCAGUGAUUCUCAAUCCAGACAUCUGCUACAAAAGUUUGAAAAUGUCCCUGUAAGAGUUUAAUGAAAUGAACAAAUUUCUUUCCAUUUUUAUAAAGGAAAGAAAAGCAAGACAAGAAAUUUUAAUUCGAAAACUAAACACCAGUCUAAAUGCAAAUAUAGGAUAUUUUAUAUUUCACUUCAGAUUGGAAAUGCAGAAACAACUCUUAAUAUUAUUUUAACAUUGGAUUAGUUAUUUAAAAAAUUUUUUUCAAUGCAAUUGGAAAUUUUUUAUAUUGGUUUACCGAUUUUGUUUUCAAUAUUUUUUUACUAGCUAUAAUUUAUAAGCUAUAAGUAGAUACACACUUAAAAAAAAAGAUUUAAAAAUUGUUUAUUAACUUUUAUUUCAAUCAUAAAUAAGCAUUACUUUCGAAUUAUUCAAAAUUCAUUCUAAUGGACUCAAACAAAGAAGCUGUGUUUGUACUGAAAAUGAAAUUUGAAUUCCGAAUUUUUUGAAUGACCGGCAUAUGCUUUUUAAAUUGUUUAAUGGAUGCCUUUGUAUUUUUUUUAAAUGUGUGGAAAAUAAAUCGUAUUUGUAAUUGAAAAACUUAGAAAGAAAUAAAUUCGUUCUAUUUUCA